UGUGAAAGAAUUCGAGAUAAGGAAGGUAAGUAAUAAUUUUUAUGCUUACUAUAAAAUUGAAAAUUAAUUGAUAUUUAAAUGCCACCACUGUUAUAAUUAGGAAUGUAAUUAUGCGGAUUGUUAAAAUGCUUUUUGCUUUAAUACACAUCAUAUUGCAUAUUGAAGAUUUAAUGUACACAUUUUUUAAAUGCGAUUUCAUAUGUUGUUAUUUUGUUUUGUGUAUUUAUUUUUAUUAGAAUAUAUAUGUUAAUCUCUUCACUUAAGAUUAAAACUGCGGCGUGUCACAAAUAAUGGUACUAACCCAAUAUAACAAUAAUUGAUGUUUAUAUACAUUCGUAUAUUUGUUCAUCGUUACAUAUUAUAUUUUCUGGAAUUAUAACAAAAUAUCUGGCAGCUUCUUAUAAGUGCUCUGUACGAUAUUUAGGUCAAGAGAGUUUGUUUUAUAUUAGAGUGUAAACCAAAAUGAUAUUAUAGUAUAUUAAUUGAAAAAUAUAUUAUGUAAAUGUGCAAACCGAUAUUUUGUUGAUCAUUGAAGUUACGCGUAGGAUAAAAAACCAGAAUCUUCUAAGAAGCGACCUAGAAUUGCACGUGUCGUCACAUUCAAUCUAAAUCGAUAAUCACAGCAUGAGCAAAGCACUUUGGCGUUAUUCGUUGUUAUUCUCGUCCAGAGAAAAAGAGAAAGGAGAAUGAAAAGAAAAAAGGUCAAAGAGGCCAAAAACGAAAAUAAAAAGAUAUAAGAGAAGGAAAAAUGGGUGAGAAAAAUAGGGGAGAGUCGUCGUACGUGUUAAAAGAGGAAGAGAAAAAAAAUCGAAUAGGAAAUGACGCUCUUUAAAUGUUUGGCAUUGCAGACGCGGAGGACUGCGGUAGCAGCGGCGAUUCGGCAGAUAUAACUGGCGGCAUAAUUAGCGAUACGCCGGCCGUUUACCAAAAACGACAUCUCUCCCCUGCUGAUGGAGGCAUUGACGCGCCGUCAUGCGCCAAGCAGCCCAGGCUUUUCGACACAGAGAGCCAUGACAACAUAUUCCACCGGCCGGACGACAAGAAUGUACUCCGCAUUUCGUCAGUGUCGAAACGUCUGCGAACUAGACGAAGAGUCAUCACGCAACAGGCACUCGAAGCGUUUAACGGCGAUUCUUGUUUACGCAGAAGUGUUGGGACGAGGGAUAUGGGCAGUGAUGGCCGACAAUCGGACUACGAGGAGUCAUCGUCCGACGAUAGAUCGUCUGUGCGAGAGGAUGGUUUAAGUUUACACACCUCCGAAUUGAAGGAGGUGCGGGUGUUGCUACACGACUUUAUGCACAGCAAGAAUAAGUCGGCAGUAGAUGCAUCGGACAAACAGCUUCCUUCCACGACUAGUAAGCAGAAUAACCUCUGGGAGGUAGAGAAAAUCAUACAGAAGCGUGAGCAGAACGGCAGUUCGCUCUAUCUGAUUAAAUGGAAAAACUGGGAUGCACAGCACAACACGUGGGAGCCGCUGUGCAAUCUAGUCAAUUGCAACGAUUUACUGUGCCAGUUCGAGAACGAACAGCGGAUGCUGAUCAAUCAGUUCAAAACGAAAGUAAACUUCUAUCCGAACGCACGCGACGUGGAGCACUUUCUGGCUCAGAUGCGAUGCAAGAAUAUGACAGUCGAUAACAUCAUAUCCGCUUUCGCCGGGGACGAUGUGUACAACUAUAUUCGACGUUAUUUCAAGUAUUCGUCGCGCCGCGGUAAACUAGGACCAAAGAUCAAGCAGCAUAUCCUCUGCAUGCAGCUGAUCGAAAUGCGGCGUGACCAGCUCGAUUCACUGCACGAUUGGGAGAACGAGAUGAACAAUAUUUCACAGGGCAAGCCAAAGAUACAGGUGGAGAAUCUGGUGGAUCUGGAGGGUGCGCCGAAAGAUUUUUUUUACAUCGACAGUUAUCUGCCGGGCAAUAGCGUGAUAAUACCGGACGAUCCGCCGAUCGGCUGCGAGUGCAACGUUUGUGAAUCCAGCGACAAGUCCGGCUGCUGCUUCGCACAGAACGGUGCGUCGUCGUUGCCAUAUACAACGGCGUUCCGAGUGCGCGUGCCGCCCGGCACUCCUAUUUACGAAUGCAACAAACGUUGCGCCUGCGACGUGCUCACUUGCCGGAAUCGAGUGGUGCAACGUGGUACCAAUGCACAAUUGUGCAUCUUUCGUACGGACAAUGGCCGUGGCUGGGGCGUGCGUACUCUGCGUGCCAUCAAGAAGGGCACUUUCGUCACACAAUACGUGGGCGAGGUGAUCAAUAGCGAGGAGGCGGAAAAACGUGGCAAGCAGUACAACGUGACCGGUCGUACGUACUUGUUCGAUCUCGAUUACAACGAAACCGACGAACAGUGCCCGUACACCGUGGAUGCCGCCAUGUACGGCAACGUGUCGCACUUCAUCAAUCACUCGUGCGAUCCAAAUCUUGCAGUCUACGCGAUCUGGAUCAACUGUCUCGACCCGAAUCUACCGAAUCUCGCGUUAUUUGCUACCAAGAACAUUAAACAAAACGAGGAGCUCACCUUCGAUUACACGUGUCAGAAGAUGCAGCAGCAAUUAUUGGAUGACGAACCGAAUGCUGAAAAUGGUGUUUCGGCGAAUAGAAUUCCAUGCAAAUGCGGCGCGGCGACAUGCCGGCGGUACUUAUUUUAAGAAAUAUUUUUAUCGAAACGUGUGUACCUUAAGCGAAUCGCUUAUAUCAAUGUUACAUUAGCGUUGACUCUGAUCUUAUUUUGUUUAUUGAAUUAGCAUCUAUAAUCUAAAAAAAAGAAAACAUCACUCGGAGUUAGUUAAUUUAAGAAUAACUCAGUUAAACAGUUUAUUCAACACUUUGUCGUCGAUUAUCUUUCCAAAUUUAUUUUUCAUUUUUUAAUCGGAAUAUAUUCGUAUUAAAUUUCAUUUUUUAAUUUAAAACUGCCAACCGUAUUAAAGUAAACAUUCAUAAUUAUAAUUCGCAAGCAAUUGAUUUUAUCGACCAUAAUCGCGUUAUGUAUCCUUUUGAUUACUGCAACUCUGUAGUAAUUAAUUUUAAUCGGUCAAUUUUAAAAUAAUCUUUCGAGAAAAAUAAUGUGCGAAAGCAUAAUUUGCAGAUAUAAUAUAAAAAUUUCCAAGAUGUCAUUACUAUAUAUUUUAUUACAGUUUUUUCUUGAUGAUUUAGUAUAUGAUUUAGCAAUUGUUGCGACGGCGAAUAACGAUUUUAUUUUGGCUUUAUUAUCUCUAAUAGAGAAAUGAGACUUCAAGAUACAAAUUUUUAAAUGCUGUAGAUUAAACUGUUUAUCGUUAUGAACUGGAAAGAAGGAAAACAAAAAGAAAUAACGCAGCGAGAUGAAGAAGACUGUACAUUUCAUUUUUUAUUCGUAUUAUUGAAUAUUAUAUAUCGAAAAUAAUAGCUGUUAAGUUUCUGGAAUAUACUAAAAGUUGUGAAGAUGCGACAAACCUGUUUGUUGCGUGGUUUUGUUUUAAUAUCAAUUCUAUGUUUUCAUCUUUACAUUCCGAUGAAAGUAAACACAAACGCCAAAAGGAUAGCAUAAAAAACGUGUUUCUCAAACAUCGUAACAUUAAAAAUAAGAAUUUUGUUUCUGGACAUUAUAGCAGAAAAAUUAGUCGAUUUUUGUUUUAGUAGUUCAUUUUUUUUCUUAGGGUAUUAAAUAAUUUUUUUUGGAGUAUGUCUGCAUCUUUCUCACGUAUCUAUUUGUGGACAUAUAUUAUUUUAUGCUAGAUUUGCAGUAUUACUGUUGGUAUUUCGAUUAUAUAUUAGAUUCUAAAUAUUAAUGAUACAAUUGAUAUUUAUCAGAAAGACAUUUUCAGAAACAGAAUACUGCAGAUUUGAAUCGAUCACCUAAGCGUAGAAGCUACAUGUCUUGAAAUAAUAUUAUUAUAUAAGAAUUCUAAGAGUGCGUACUGAGACACAAGUACAUACAUAUGCGAUGUCUCGAUAUCUCUGUGUUCAUUAACACGUUAAUUAUAUCUUCAGAAAAUUGUAUAUUAUAGCCAUUGUGAAAUUUAUGAGCAUAUUUAUUUUACUUUUGCUCGCACAGUCGGGACUACUUAAUGACUUGUCCGUGUGCUAAGCGAUUGAAGCUUUUAAUCUAUUUCUAGAUAAAGAAAAUUUUCGAUAUUGCAUCUCGAGCGCAUAGCGCACAGUGAUGUAAUUUAGAUAAAAAAAUUUAAUGCAGAUUUAAAAAAUGUUGUUUUGAAUUGUUUUUGAUUGUAUAAAUAUGAAGUAUUCUGAUUGCACCAAGUAAUUAUAAAAUUAUUGUAAGAAUUUUUUUAUAUUAGAUGUCCCAGACCGUAACACCUGUUGAUGGCAGAUACCUGAGGUUAUUUGGAGAUGAAAAUCUCAAUAUCAAAUUGUACUCGACAUUUUGAUAUUAAGAUAAUUUCAAGAAUCUGCAAUUAACGGGCAUUACAGUGGGCCCGGGAAAUAAUAUACAAUAUAAUCACGACGCGGCGUCAAUUGCUGGUCAACUGUAUAAGAAACGUUGAGAUUACCGACAGCAGGAAUCGCUCAUUUCAGACACGGCGGACAGAGAGAAUGUAAUAGUUAUUAUAUAUUACAUCUAGAUGCACUACAUUUUUCAUGUAAUGUAUUUAAUCCGAUACAUGAAUCUUUGUAUUGCAAGUUAGUGCCAAAUCUUAAUUUAAUUAUUACUAUAUAAUACUUAUUGAAUAGUUAAAGUAAACAGGGACUCGAACCGAACCGAAAUCGGAACCGUAAUCACAUAAUCAUAAUCGUAAUCGUAAUUGUUUUGUUUUUUCACCGGAAUCAUAAUCGGAUCGGCUAAAUUAUUUUCGGUUUACGGUUUUCUUUUUCAGUUUUUUUUUUGUGUCGAUUCCGGUUCGGUCCGGAUACCUAGUUAUAAAUUGUAAUAAUUAUUUCAUGUUAGAAUUAUCGUUUUUUUCUCUUAUCAGAAUUAUAUAUAAAAAAUUGAUGCGAGUUUUGUUGUGCACAUUGCUCGUUAGAAUAAAAUAAUAAAAUAAGUUAUUUCUGUUAAGUCAUUAUUAUCGUUAAUUGUGACAACAGUUUUUGAACUGCCAAAAGAGAUGUACAUGUGGCACUUUGCGCUGUAUCUUUUUCCUUUACAAAGAAACUCACUUAUUAUUCUGUUACAUCUGUCCACAUGUAUAAAACUACUCUAUUACACGUUAAUAAUGUAUCAACUGUUAAAACCUAUAUUAGGACAAACCAACAAAGAGAAUGUAUCCUAUAAGAUUUAUACACACAUCGUUGUUGUCGAUGAACUUGAUAAUAAACAUUUGCACAUAGACAAAUUACGGUACCGCAUUUAUCUUAUCUAAUUUUGUAAAACUCUUUGCACACGACUCUCAUCCGCCACUUGAUUUAAUGCAGCAAUUCGAAUGGCGACUCGAGAGGCGACAAUAAUAGAUAUCUUUCCUCUACAUUUUAGAUGUUUGAGUCUAUUAUCUAUGUGUGCACUUCAUAAGUACAGCAUUGUGUUUAAAAUUAUUAUUUUAAAUUCAGUCUGUUUUAAUGGUUAUGAGAAUAGCAAAAAAACCUUCAAAUGCAAAGGGUUAAUUAUUAUUUUAAAGGGAGCUUAUGUGACAUGUGUUAUAUAACACAUUAUCUCUAUAUCUAUGGCGAUGUGAGUAAUAAUUCGGCUUCAAAAUGUAAUAUGUAAUUAUUUUAAGUUAGUAUUUUCAUCAUAAGCUUUCUAACUCUAAACUAUAAGUAAAGAAAUUACAAUGUAAAGUGUCGAAAAAAGAAGAUAUUUGUAAAUAUCCUUUACACAUGUGCCUUUAUAACAAAAUAUUAAAACUCACGAAUUCACGCUAAAAGUGUUAAAUUUAUUUGACCAUAAAAUUGUCAUGUUGCGUCAUUCAUUGGAUUCUCUCUUCGAGAGAAAUCUUCUCGUGCAAGUGAGGGAGGAAGAGAAUAAGUUAUCUGAUUACUUUC